GCGCUGUAGGGGUGGCUGACAGGACCCGCCCCUUGUUUAUGUGGUGGCGCGGCCCGUCCUCCAUGUUGGGAAGGUGAGGGGAGAGGAGUGAGGGGAGGACGGGGAUCUCCAGCGAUCCGAGCCCGCCCGGACUACAUGCUGAGGAGGCAGGCAGAGCGCCCGGAGCCCCGGGGGAGCCCCCAUGGACGGCACGUCCAUCAUCACCCAGGUCACCAACCCCAAGGAGGAGGCCGUCCUGUCCUGCGCCCAGGAGAAGGUUUCACAAUGCAAUAUCAGCCUGAAAAAGCAGCGAAACAGAAGCAUCUUCAGCUCGCUGUUCUGCUGCUUCCGCAGCUACAGCGUCGAGCCGCCAUCCUCCAAUAACAACACCAGCCCGCUGCCUCCGUUGGUGGAAGAAAAUGGCGGCAUUCAAAAGGGUGAUCAGACGCAAGUCAUUACCAUUCCUACUCCACCUCUUAAAUACCUCCUUCCAGAGCUGAAAGUGCCCGAAUAUGGCAAGAAGUGCGUGGUCAUUGAUCUGGAUGAAACCUUAGUACACAGUUCUUUUAAGCCGAUUAACAAUGCCGACUUUAUUGUCCCUGUCGAGAUUGAUGGAACAAUACAUCAGGUGUACGUGUUGAAGAGGCCGCACGUAGAUGAAUUCCUUCAGAAGAUGGGCGAGUUGUUUGAGUGCGUCCUGUUCACGGCCAGCCUGGCGAAGUAUGCCGACCCCGUGGCCGACUUGCUGGAUCGAUGGGGCGUGUUUACGGCGCGACUCUUUCGAGAAUCCUGCGUGUUCCACAGAGGAAAUUAUGUGAAAGAUCUGAGUCGUCUAGGAAGAGAUCUGAGCAAGGUCAUCAUAGUGGACAACUCGCCAGCAUCCUACAUCUUCCACCCGGAGAAUGCGGUCCCCGUGCAGUCUUGGUUUGAUGACAUGUCGGAUACGGAAUUGCUCGAUUUAUUACCCUUCUUCGAAGGGCUAAGCAAAGAAGAGAACGUUUACAACAUGCUGCAUAAACUUUGCACCAGGUAGCCCCAACGGCGCCCUCCAGUGGUCGGCUGUGAUCUGCAGCGGCUGCAGACUAAAACC